AUGUUUGUCGCGUCCAUGGACAGCAUGGGAACCAAGGAGGGUAGCCGCACGUUUCACACGAUCCUCACCGCUGCGGCGUUUUCNUUUGUCGCGUCCAUGGACAGCAUGGGAACCAAGGAGGGUAGCCGCACGUUUCACACGAUCCUCACCGCUGCGGCGUUUUCCGUGGACGACGUAGACGGGGCUCCAUCGGUGUCAGCAAGACGUAGGGCAGCGGCGCUGGGGGUUCGCGAGCAAGCCUUCAACUUUGCGGCGGAGCGCGCCAAGAAAUUGCUGUCCGAUCUCCAACCAACCGAGGCGACAAAGCGCUGUGUCUACUGGUUUUGGCCCCGAGCUAAGCAAAGCAAUGCCGCCAGCGAAGAGCUGCUGGAGUUGAUGAGACAGUACUGGCACACGGACGAGGUGUCACGCCAGCAUGGCAACUCAGCUGAGCGCGACAUGUGGAAGGAGAGCAAGUCUCUGACAGCUCACCGCCACCCUCGGCGGCAGCUUACGGAGCCGGGUGGGGGCGAGGCGGUGUACGCCAAGUUCCUCAACUGGGCGUCCUACAAGAGCUUCAAGGAGCGACAGAGCGACAACUUCACAGACCCUGGCCGUACACUCUUCCUCUCGACGCGUUGCAAGUGCCUGGUUCUCCCUGCAAUGGAGCAGUGCGCGUGCAAGAUCCACUCGCAGCAGGUGCUAUACAUCGAGGCGCUAGCCAAUGUCGACAUGACCAGCCACGGGGAAUGCGAUUGUCGAUGGUGCAACGUAGAUGGCGGCCGCAGGUGGCGGGAAACGUGGAAGCAUAUGGGCACUUUCUCCGAUGCAAUUGCCUGCCCCAAGGUCAACUUGCGGGCAGCGGACCCAGAGGGUGACAGUUGGAUGGGGCGGAAACCGGAGUGCAACGCUUUGGACUGCGCUAUGUGUGGGUUCGGGGGGACUGACGGCAUUCCCAUCUGCAGCAAGCUGGAGACCUCCGAGCAGACGGUGGUGUGGAAGAUGUUCGAGGACGUGAUAACUGUGCCUGCAUCAGCGGAUGGGAAGAUCAAGGCCAAGAAGCUCGCCAACCAGACGGUGCCGAAGGAGGGCAAGCUUUGCGAUCUUUGGUUGGCUUUCAAAGAGCACACCAAGCUGUACAUGGCUCACCACUCUAUCGCCAAGUGGCAAAGGCACUGCCACAAGCGUUGCUUGGAGACGUUUCAGGACAGUGACCUUGUCAUCGAGACCUAUGCCGAGAAGUAUCCCUACCAAUCUUACAUCAGCAUGAUGAUGCCUGUUUACCCGCAGACAACGCUCAUGGUGGCCAUCGUCCGCUUCAACCCGCAGACACACGUGGACGGCGAUUUCCACCUGCACGGCUUGGCCAGGAUGGUGGACCACUACCUGCGUGGAGAUGGGAGCGAACCAACAGCUGCCGCCCGGAAAGAAGGCAGGACGCCUAGGAUUCACAUCUUUACCGAUGGGUGCGGGAAGCAGAACAAGGGAAGGCGGAAUUUCCGCUUUUUGGCCGACAGCGUCCGGCAACUUGGCUUCUUCAUCGACCACCACUUCGCGGCCACAUCUCACUUCAAAGGUUGCCAUGAUGGGAUCGGCGGAGUCGCAAAGAACGCCAUGAAGAGGAGGGAGAGAUUUGGCAAGCGAAUCAUGGGGGCGGACGGGGUGGUCAGCUUGUUGCGAAGCUUCUUCGGGAGAAGGCAGGCAGCGAGCGGGGGGAGGGAGAUCUAUCUGCCAAACUCGAUCCUGGAAGGCGUAGAGGGUACACGAGAGAUGUACCACUUUGCGGGAGCAAACACUCCCAAGUGGGAUGGGUCCACCUCAACCAAGGGACGCGAAGAUGACUGUAAGCUCGUGCUGAAGAGCGAGGGGCAGGGCCAGUUGUCGAGUCUAGAGAAGAGCCGGUUGCGGGAAGUCAAGGUGUUGGGUGCAGUAGCGAGCAGAUGGAAGGGUCAGGGGGCUGGGUUGCAGGAUCCGAUAUCGGGGGAGGAAGACGUGACUUGCAGGAAGGUGAAACGGACCUACAGUCUCAGGACUCGUUUGGCGUCGUGCUUCUGCUCGGCAUGCCGGCGUUCUGAUUAUGAGCAGUGCUACGUUAGCAAGCGUACCCCCGUCUCGCUCCCGCAAUGGAGGAUGGCGUAGUGAAGGAAACGGUGAUCAUGGACACUGGAGUAGCGCCCGCAGACGAAAAUGCCUCCGAGGGGAUGAAGUUCCCGCGAUACAAGAAGGAAUGCAAAAAGAAGAGAAUAACUGGGACACAGUGGCUGGACGGCGACUCUGCAUCAAAGAUUUGGGAAGGGCUUGGAAGAAAGGAAGAGCCCAAUAUUUUUGCCCGUUUCGGGAGGUGGGCUGGCAUUUAAGU